UCGGCUCGGCUCGCCUCGAGUGCGCUCGGCAGGCUGCGGUAAAUCCGGGCUUGGCCACGGCUGGCGGAGACUACGGCCCUGGUGGUCCCUGCUGCACGCCCCGGAGCCCCGAGAGCCAUGCAGAUGGCCUACGCCAUCCGGUGCGCCUUUUACCAGCUGCUGCUCGCCGCGCUCAUGCUGGUGGCGAUGUUGCAGCUGCUCUACCUGUCGCUACUGUCCGGACUACACGGGCAGGAGGAGCAGGAACAAUAUUUCGAGUUCUUCCCGCCAUCCCCGCGAUCCGUGGACCAGGUCAAGUCUCAGCUCCGCACCGCACUGGCCUCCGGAGGAGUCCUCGAUGCCAGCGGAGAUUAUCGUGUCUACCGGGGCCUACUGAAGACCACCAUGGACCCCAACGAUGUGAUCUUGGCCACACACGCCAGCGUAGACAACCUGCUGCAUCUAUCCGGCCUGCUGGAGCGCUGGGAGGGCCCGUUGUCCGUGUCAGUGUUCGCGGCCACCAAGGAGGAGGCGCAGCUGGCCACGGUGCUGGCCUACGCGCUGAGCAGCCACUGCCCCGACAUGCGCGCCAGGGUCGCCAUGCACCUCGUGUGCCCCUCGCGUUAUGAAGCGUCUGUGCCCGAUCCCCGGGAGCCCGGGGAGUUUGCCCUGCUGCGGUCCUGCCAGGAGGUCUUUGACAAGCUAGCCAGGGUGGCCCAGCCCGGUAUCAAUUAUGCACUGGGCACCAACGUCUCCUACCCCAAUAACCUGCUGAGGAAUCUGGCCCGUGAGGGAGCCAACUAUGCCCUGGUGAUUGAUGUGGACAUGGUGCCCAGCGAGGGGCUGUGGAGAGGCCUGAGGGAAAUGUUGGAUCAGAGCAACCAGUGGGGGGGCACGGCGCUGGUGGUGCCUGCUUUCGAAAUCCGCCGAGCCCGACGCAUGCCUAUGAGCAAGACUGAACUGUUGCAGCUCUAUCAGGUGGGCGAGGUCCGGCCCUUCUAUUAUGGGCUGUGCACACCUUGCCAAGCGCCCACCAACUACUCCCGCUGGGUCAACCUGCCAGAAGAGAGCUUGCUGAGGCCUGCCUACGUGGUGCCCUGGCAGGACCCCUGGGAACCAUUCUAUGUGGCUGGAGGCAAGGUGCCCUCCUUCGACGAGCGCUUUCGGCAGUAUGGCUUCAAUCGAAUCAGCCAGGCCUGUGAACUGCAUGUCGCAGGGUUUGAUUUUGAGGUGCUGAAUGAAGGUUUCCUGGUUCAUAAGGGCUUCAAGGAAGCUCUGAAAUUCCAUCCCCAAAAGGAGGCUGAAAAUCAACACAAUAAGAUCCUUUACCGCCAGUUCAAACAGGAGUUGAAGGCCAAGUACCCUAACUCACCCCGUCGCUGCUGAGGCCUUUCCUCCCCUAGUCUGAGAAGUCUCAGGCUCCUCAGGCCUGACUUGGGUAAGAUAUGUCACUCGCUUUACAAGGGUAGCUGUGGUUUUGGAACACUGGACUUAAAUAUGGGGUGCUGGGAUCAAGUCCUAGCUUUACCACUAACUAGCUGUGUGGCCUUGAGUAAAUCCCGUUGCCUCUCUGAGCCUUGGUUACCCUGUCUGUAAAAAGGAAGGUGAGACUACCUACCUCACAGAACUGUUGGGAGGCUCAGAUGAGAAGCUGUCUGUGAAAACAUUCUGUAAGCUUCGUAUAAAUGUGAAGUAUUAUUAAUAUUACAGUGUUAUUAUUAUUGUUGUUGUUAUUAUUAACAAUCUUGGGUAGGAGGUAGGAGAGCAAAAAGUAUGAAUGGGACAGAGCUGAGAAAUCUGAGGGCCUUUUGGAAGCAUAGAAUUUAGUUCUCAACUCUGGGGCAAAGCCUAAGCUUCCUGGUUCUUCCAGGUCUUCGCAUUUUGCGAGUUCCUUGGAGUAUAGCUGCAGGAAUUGGGGGAGGGGGAGAAAAGUCUGCUUUCUGCACCCUCUAAUAGGCUGGGCUGCUCAUUUGCCUUCGAAUGACAGUGUGUAAAUAAACAAGUGUUCACACCCA